UCAUUUUGAAAUUCCUUGGAGUACGAGAACUUCAGUACAGCACUCUGUCUUCAUAAUAACUCUCCGUGACCCCACGAAGGUCUUCUCUGCAACUCCUUUCCCACUUCCAACCUCAGAGCUCCCCUUCCUAGGUUGCCAUGUAUGGGCGAAGUUGCAGGUUCAGUUAUGGCUUUUAAUGCCGGGGAGCCUUCGCUGUGGUUACUCAUGAGUGUUGCGUGAUUUGGGUUCCGCUCAGAUUCGAGAGAACCUCAUUUUUAAGCUUGUGGAAAUGGCCAAUUCCCCUGUUUUGCUCGGUCUCUCGUUCUCUGCCAUCGUUUUGAUGGCGGGUGUCGUUCCGCUUGCAAUGGCUCAACUCAGUCCGAGCGAAACCAGGGUCCUCUUUCAAAUCCAGAAGCAGCUGGAGUACCCGGAAGCUCUCCAGGGAUGGACAAACUGGACUAGCUUCUGUUACCUCCCGCCGUCGCCUUCUCUCACCAUUGCCUGCACCGACAAUCACAUAACGGGGCUGACCAUUGUGGGGACCAAGAACUCGUCCUCUCGCGACGGCGCGAGGCCCAAUCCCGCUCGAUUCGCCGUUUCUCAGCAGACUCUCUCCGCGAGUUUCUCCAUCGACUCUUUCUUCACUGUGCUCACCAAGCUCUCCAACCUGACGGUGCUCUCGCUCGUGUCCCUGGGCCUGUGGGGGCCGCUUCCCGCCAAGGUCAGCCGGUUCCACUCGCUCGUGGUGCUCAACCUCAGCUCGAACUCCAUCUACGGGGAGAUUCCUCAGUCCAUCGCUUCGUUCAAGAGCCUCAGGAGUCUUGUUCUGUCUGAUAAUUUGCUCAAUGGGAGUGUCCCAGAUCUUAAGGGCCUACCUGUUCUUGAAGAGCUGGAUUUGAGCGACAACUUUCUCGGACCAGAGUUCCCGUUGCUUGGAGAUACCCUUGUGAGUGUUCUGUUGAGGAACAACUCGUUCAGAUCUGAAAUUCCUAGUGACUUGAAUGGUUUGGGUCAGCUUCAGCGAUUCGAUGUCUCGACCAACGAGCUUUCUGGGCAUAUCCCAUCUUUCAUUUUCAGUCUGCCUUCGAUUCGUUACCUUAGUUUACAGGAAAAUCAGCUCGGUGGAGCGCUUCCAACGAACCUUUCAUGCGGUGGUCAUCUCACUUACGUCGACAUUUCACACAAUCUUUUGGUUGGGAACAUUCCAUCAUGCGUCGGGUCAAGUUCGGCGAACCGGACAGUGAUCAGCUCAUGGAAUUGCUUGUCCGGAGGGAACUCAAAUUAUCAGCACACCUACUCUUAUUGCCAGAAACAAGCUUUGGCAGUUGAGCCUCCGGCUAAAGCUGAGAAAAAAGGGUCAAGCAUCAAACUGAGUCUCGUUCUUGGAGUAAUUGGAGGCACCGUUGGAAUUGCAGGGGCGUUCGGACUACUGAUCAUAGUGCUGGUCAGGAGAGCAGAUGCACGAAGAUCAUUUGAUAGCAAGCCCGCCAAGUCAUAUGCUGAUGAACUGUCGUUUCGCGGCUCUCCAAAGUCAAGCAUUGAUUCGAGGCGAAUGCCUCAAACGAUGAGGCUGAUGACGUUGGGCCUCCCACCUUAUCAUGUUUUCACUCUGGAGGAAAUUGAAGACGCAACGAACAAUUUUGAUCCAUGCAAUUUGAUGGGAGAGGCAAAUCAAGGACAGAUAUACAAGGGUUGGCUCAGAGAUGGCACGGUAGUCCUAGUGAAGUGUUUGAAACUGAAGCAGAGAAGUUUGCCACAAAAUAUUGUGCAGCAACUGGACAAUCUAUCCAAGCUAAGGCAUCGCCAUUUGGUCAGUCUUCUUGGACACUGCAUUGUCACUUAUCAGGACCACCCCAAUGUGGCCAGCACGGUGUUUGUCGUCCUUGAACACCUAUCGAAUGGAUCGCUAGCGAAUCACAUCACAGAUUGGAGAAGGAAAGAGAUGCUCAAAUGGCCUCAGAGAAUGGCGAUCUCCAUAGGCGUGGCGAGGGGAGUCCAGUUCUUGCACACCGGGAUGGCUCCUGGAAUAUUUGGGAAUGACCUGAAGAUAGACAAUGUUCUGCUUGAUGAGAGUCUCACCACGAAAAUCAGCAAUUACCACAUUCCACUGCCAUUCAAGAUGGGUUCUGAAACCGCAUCGAACGAUAGCAGUCCAAAAGAUGCAGAAAGAGAAGACAUGUAUCAGCUUGGGAAGAUUCUCCUGCAAGUCAUCACUGGGAAGCUGGUCAAGUCCACCAGUGAAUUGGACGACAUGAAACAACAGCUAGAGAAGAGCCUGACGGAACACCCCUCACAGCUACGCAGCGCGGCAGAUCCAUCCAUUCGUGGCACCUUCGCAUACCAAUCGCUUAAGACAGCAGUCGAAGUCACGGUGAAUUGCCUAACGGAAGAGCCGAGCAAGCGGCCUUCGAUAGAAGAUGUUCUCUGGAAUCUGCAGUACUCGAUCCAGGUUCAAGAAGGCUGGACCAGCAGUGAGAACCUCAGUACAAGAAUAUAAAGCUUCUCUUCUUGCACUAUGUACUUUCAAUGCUAUUCCCUGUAAUUACUAAGACAAAAAGAAAUAAAGCCUAGUGUUCAAAAAGUA